AUUUCAGUGUAGAAUAGUUAUGGUGUUAUUAUUAUUCUACUCUCAAAUACUUAAACGCCCUGUAGACCUACAGCUUUAAAGAAAAAAAGAAUACGUAAUCGGGUAAUGUAGGUACCUAAACGUUAAAGUGAAAACUUGUGAACUAUAACUUGUGUUUCGUUUUUAAACGGGACUACCUACUAUUCUUAUCACCUUCUUCUUGUCACAGUUUAACUGCUAACAUUGAUUGCAUAACAUGUUUAUAUAUUUUUUAUUAUUAUUUGUAUUGUGUCUAUAACGCUGUAACAGUUGCAAUAUACAGUAGGAGACAGUAUAAGAUUUACAAGAUAAAAAUUACCAAAUCAAACUAAGUAUGAAGAGAGAGAGACAGAGAGAGAGAGAGAGAGAGAGAGAGAGAGAGAGAGAGAGAGAGAGAAAGUGAGAGAGAGAGAGAGAGAGAGAGAGAGAGAGAGAGAGAGAGAGAGAGAGAGAGAGAGAGAGAGAGGACCUCAGUCCACUUUUAGAUUUUAGGCAACAAUAAAAUUCUUUCUCUUAAACUUUUUAUUCAUGCACAUUUACAUGUACAUUUCUUACUUUACAGCUAUGGGAGGAGCAUCAUUUAGUCAGCCAUGGAGGUCUAUGCCAUGGACCAACGAGGAGAAUCUCAAUUUUAUUAAAUCUUACAAACCUCAAAACAAUGAUGUCGAAAAUCUCAGAAUUCUGCUUCAUGGACCAGUCGGUGCUGGCAAGUCCAGUUUCAUCAACUCUGUUGAAAGUGUUUUACUCGGCAGAGUUACCGGUCGAGUUAUGACGGAUACAAUCUCUGGUUGCAGCUUUACCAAAAAGUACAAAGCUUUUAAAAUCCACAAAGACCCCGAGAGCUUUUACCCUUUCAUUUUCAAUGACACCAUGGGCUUUGAGCAAAGGAAUGGAGUGAAUGUGGAAGACAUCAAACUGGCCCUGAUGGGACAUGUGACAGAAGGUUACAAGCCCAUUCCUGGAGUCCAGUUGAAGGAAAGUGAUCAAGAAUACAACUCAUGUCCCUCUCUGGACGACAAGGUUCACGCUCUGGUUUGUGUCAUGCCUGCCGACUUGGUAUCUUUAAUAAGUGAUGAAGUUGUGAAGAAGAUGAGAGACGUCAGACUAGCAGCCAGUGACAUGGGGAUUCCACAACUGGCUAUUCUCACCAAAGUUGAUGAAGCCUGUCCUGAGGUGAAGAACAACAUAAAAAAUGUCUACGAGAGCAUAUACCUAAAGGAACAGGUCGACAAAUUCAGCUUGAUGCUGGGAAUUCCACAAAACUGCAUAUUUCUUGUGAAGAACUACGAAUCAGAACUCCAAACAAAUGAAGACAUUAAUGGGCCGAUACUGAUCGCAUUGAGACAGAUGAUUGUCUAUGGAGAAGACUUCAUCAACAACCUGUAGACCCACAUACUGCUGAGCUGAGACAGACCUUAGGAUCAAAGCAUGAAAACAACACUACUCUCAAGAGUCUUUUUCUGAAGAGUAAUGUGUAGGGUACUUAAAAAAAGAAAAUGUCAAGCAUGUUAUGGAUAUACUGUAUCAUUUAUAUGAUACAAUGCCAUGUACAUCAGCAUUGUAUCAUGUGAGGCUUCAUUCCUGGCUUUUUAAUUUAAUUGGAAAUUCUGUUUGAAAUGUGUUUGUUUCUGUGAUUGGCUGCUCAUUCAGAUCGAAGCAACAGCUUCACUUGUCCCUAAGAAAACUCAUCAAGUUUGAAGACAAGGUGUUUGCAUGUGGUUAUACUCACAACUGUCCAUGGUAAAAGGUUUUAUGGUCCAAAUAAACUAUGCUGCCGUCGUCAUUGUCAGCAUAUUUGUUUAUUUCACAUUAA